AUGCGCAUUUCUACUCGAGGGGCUAAUUUCCCCCAACUUGGUGAAUUUCGAAAGCAGAGGGACUAAAUAGCCUUACUAUUUGCCCCUGAUGGUUGCGUUACCAUGUCGCGGCGCAAGCAAUCCAAACCACAGCAUUUCAAUUCAGACGAGCCCACCUCGUCUCAAAAUGGAAUAUUGCACAACGAAACCCGAGAGGACGGCAGUGAGACCAAGAGGAGACGAUCAGAAGAGACUAGGGUUUGUGUCAAAUGUUGUGCAGAGUUCUUCGAUGAGACUGAAUUUCUCGAACAUGAGAACACGUGCACUAAGAGACAGCAGGUAGUUAUCAUGAAGGGUGGCGAUGGGAGUGAGGUCCCCCCUGAAUUCUCCAAGCAGUCUCCAGGCGAUUAUCUGGCCGACCGUAGUGAUGGUCAGUCUACCAGUAAUUCCCAAUCAAAACACAGCGUUGUGUCCGAUGAAUUGAUUGAAGGCAAGGGUCUGGACCAGGAUGAGCUCUCGAAUCAAGAACAAGAGAUGUCUGCUAGUCCAGACAUGAGCUUCAUGCCAUCUUCCAAAUUGCAUGACUCUAAUGUUACCCUAGAGUCCAUGGCUGCAACCAAAGUCGCUGUUACUCAACAUUCGUCCAAUCUUAAGUCCCCAUCCCAACAGCCACACCAAGAUACAUUUCUUGUCAUCCCCAUGAUCUUGGAACAGUUGGUGAGCCUCCAACAGCAACAACUGCAGCAGAUCCAGCUAACUGAGCAAAUACGCCUUCAAGUGGCCAUGAUGGCACCUCAGAGUCUCCACUCUGCUGUGGCUUCAGCUGUCGAUCCUCUGAAAGCACUGGGUGCACAUCUCUCGCAGCAGCUCUCGGCCGCAGCUGCCCUGAUUGGCAAACGAACAGGCUCACAGAGCUUGUCCUUGGAGGCCCUGAAACGAGCCACGCUACCUCAAUCCAGUACCAUCCCCACAUCCCUUGCUGGAGGUUUGAGCUCCAUGCCCUUAAAGGCAGAUUUGAAAGGGCUCCCUGAUCUAGCUAACUGCCUUCCAACGCUGCUUCCCCAAUCUCCAGGGGUCAUUGGAUUACAGAGUCCCUUCAAUGCCCUUGCGAUAGGCAUGGAUCCCUCUAAAAAGGCAACAAGUAAGGUUCCUGGGAUGCCGAUUGAGCCUAAGAACGGAUCUUGUGAAAACCUGCUCAAGCACAAAUGUAAAUACUGUGGGAAAAUGUUUGGAAAUGACAGUGCUCUUCAAAUCCACUUGCGCUCGCACACUGGUGAAAGACCCUUCAAAUGUAACAUAUGUGGAAAUCGUUUUACUACCAAAGGAAACCUCAAAGUGCAUUUCCAGAGACACAAGGACAAGUACCCGCACAUUAAGAUGAAUCCACAUCCUGUACCAGAACACCUGGACAAUGUCUCUACGAACAGCAGCAUCCCUUAUGGAAUGACUGUACCCAUUGAGGAAAAUGGAUUUGCUGACAAUAAAUCUGUGCUUGGUCUCCCAUCAGUGCUCCCGGGAUUCAAACACUCAUUUGAUAUUUCAAUGGGUGGGGACCUCUAUUCUCAGAGGCCCUCCUCAUCUGGCAGUGAUGGUGCAUCCAUUUCUUCUGGGAUGUUUGGUCAGGAGAUGAUCGGACUGGAUCAAAACAAGGAUUCUUUGGAUGCUCUAGCUGGCUUCCACCACAUUAAUGGUAACGGCCUACCUGGUGAAAAUGGCUCUGGUACCGCAAAACUACAGCAAAUGGUGGAUUGCUUGGAGAAGAGAACAAAUGACCCCAACGAGUGCGUGAUCUGCCAUAGAGUGCUGAGCUGCCAAAGUUCCCUAAAAAUGCAUUACCGCACACACACCGGUGAGCGACCGUACAAAUGCAAAAUUUGUGGUAGGGCUUUCUCCACUAAGGGCAACCUCAAAGCACAUUAUGGUGUUCACAGGGCCAACACUCCAUUGAAGAUGCAACACUCUUGCCCAAUUUGUCACAAGAAGUUCACAAAUGCAGUAGUCCUACAGCAGCAUAUCCGUAUGCACAUGGGAGGCCAGAUUCCCAACACCCCUCUGCCUGAGAAUCAUUUUGAAAGAACUGAAGCUUUGGAUGCUAGCUUGACUGAUGAGAAGAACAUGGAUUCCAAUGGGCAUGAGGAAAGUAUGGAGGAACAAGACUUGGAUUUGGACAAUCAGGAGAAGAUGAACACCUCUACAGAGCCAAAGCUGGCUGCAAAAGAGGAUCCGUCUUUCCAAGGUCCACUAUCUAUGUUUACAGGUAUUGCUGCCCUGGAGAACCAUAUGAAAAGCCUCACGUCUGCUCUGAACCUACAACGACAAAGCAGCACUGCUUCUGAGAGUGACAGUGGGCUGAAAGAUUCAGGUUCUGGAGAAGUGGAUAACAAGAAUGGCUGCAGUCCAGCGGUGUCUGAUACAGUGUCUUUUCACUCUUUGUCCCCUGUUGCUGGUUCCCUGAGUAAUGGGCAGUCCAAAUCUCCAGAAUCCACACACCCUGAGAAUGGACUUCAAGCUAGGCCAGAUGCUGAUGGUGGACCGCAAGAUUUUAGUGAAAACAAUGGAGCACUGGACUUGACAUCCAGUUUUACUCCAAAACCAAUCAAAGAGGAGCCAGGCUUAUCCUUUUCCCAUGGAGAAUAUGGUUCUAGUCACUUACCAUUCAUGAGGGUGCCUCCUAGUCUGGUUAAACUGGAGAUGCAGAUCCCUCCUGAAAGUCUCAUGGGUGCCCAAAGCCUGUACAGCUCCCAACUGCCUCAAGGGGCCACCACUCCUCCUGGUACUUCUAGUGCUCCACGUCGGUCUGCCAAGCAACAUCUCUGCAACGUCUGUGGGAAGAACUUUUCAUCUGCCAGUGCCCUGCAGAUCCAUGAACGCACUCACACAGGAGAAAAGCCAUUUGCUUGCACAAUUUGUGGCAGGGCUUUCACUACAAAGGGCAAUCUAAAGGUACACGUUGGUACUCAUAUGUGGAAUAAUUCGGCAAGGCGAGGUCAGCGUUUAUCAUUGGAUAACCCAAUGGCUUUGAUGGCCAUGGGUCCUGAGUCCAAAAUGAUUCCAGAAAUGUUGCAUCCCCCAAAGGACUUAAUUCCUCCAAUUAAUUUUGACCCAUCGGUAUGGAACCAGUAUGCUGCUGCCUUCACAAAUGGGCUGACCAUGAAGACUAAUGAGAUUUCGGUCAUCCAAAAUGGUGGCAUUCCUCUCCCAGGAAGUCUUGCUGGAGGCCCUUUGGUGGGCUCUACUGGGGGAAUUACGAAGAUUGAGUCCUCCCAGUCUGGCAUUGCUGCCACAGUUGCUGAAUUGGAAAAAAAUGGCUCUGAAAGUGUAGCAAAGUUUCCCUAUUUUAUGGAGGAGGGUAAAGUGAAUUAGAAAAGACUGCAGAAGAAUUUCCCCAAUUGACUGUAUAUUCUGUGGUGAUUUGGCUUAUGACGAGCCUGCAUAAAUGUCAUGAAUUGGGCUAUUUAUUAAGGUAGUCCUCACUUGGUACAAUCAAUUCUUGCAUGUAACUUUCACA